GGGCAGGGCCUGGACAGGGUAUAAAUAGGUCAGACCGCUGGGCUUUCCUCGCUCUUCCUGUCUCUCCUACUCUCUCUUCUGCGGUUCCUCUCUGUUGGCCUGAUCCCGACUGCUACCAUGGCGAGUCCUCUGGAAAAAGCCCUGGAUGUGAUGGUGUCCACCUUCCACAAGUACUCGGGCAAGGAGGGUGACAAGUUCAAGCUCAACAAGUCGGAGCUAAAGGACCUGUUGACUCGGGAGAUGCCCAGCUUCUUGGGGAAACGGACUGACGAGGCCGCCUUCCAGAAGCUCAUGAGCAACCUGGACAGUAACAAGGACAACGAGGUGGACUUCCAGGAGUACUGCAUCUUCCUGUCCUGUAUCGCCAUGAUGUGCAAUGAGUUCUUCGAGGGCUGCCCCGAUAAGCAGCCCCGGAAGAAAUGAGGGCUCCCCAGAUGCAGGUGGGGAGCCUGCCAGCUGGGGUCCGCCCUGCAGGCAGUGAGCACAGAGCCUCACUUGGGGCUCCUCCAGACGUGAGCACGAUGCUGAGCGAGUCAAUAAAAAUUUUUGGAAACUA